AGUGCCUACGGGCACUGCGUCUCCUUUCUAUCUGGCAACGGCACAAACUGGAGACUUCAGAGCCAGUUUAGGCAGAGAAGGUUGGCAACUUAGCGUCACCCGCAAAGCGCCAUACGCGAACGCAGGUACCACUGUGCAGGCACACUAUAAAUGUAAAUGUAUGUCUGCGGUGAACUAAACGAGAAUGUCUACUUUAACUCGCUUUUACGAGCGCGUCGGACCCGUGUGGAUCGCGCUCGCCAUCCUGCGAGUAUCGCUCGUUUUCUACGCGCAGACAGGUUACAUACACCCCGACGAGUUCUUCCAAAGCACCGAAGUCGUUGCAGGUGACCUGUUCGGGCUCAAAGCACUCCGGACCUGGGAGUUCACCAGUCCGUAUCCCAUACGCAGCAUCGCCAUCAUAUGGAUGACCACACUUGCCCCACUGUCGAUGCUAAAGUGGAUGUGGUCAUACGUAGCUCCGGCUGGAACGCUGCCAUCACCUUUUCUGCUUCUGACCGUGCCACGGAUCUUUGCUUGUGCUGUAUCGUUCGCCUGCGACUACGUCGUUUACCAUCUGUCGGCACCGCCUGCAAAACGGAGCAGACGCAUCAAGGCCCUCGAGCUCUUCGCCAGCUCCUACGUGGCAGUAGUGUUCUACACAAGGACAUUCAGCAAUUCCGUUGAAUCCUGGCUACUAGCACUGCUGCUUCUCACCGUUAGGGACGUCAUGCAAAGCGACGAACUGAAACUGAAGGACGCCCGGGUGAAGGUGGCUCGGCGAUACUACCUGAUAGCAUUGUUGCUUUGCAUCGGGACUUUCAACCGACCCACUUUCAUUUGUUUUGCGCUGCCAGCCGUUGUUUUUUGGCUGUGCAGCGCAGUCGACCGCAAUGUCAAAAGCAAGAAGUGUUGCACACGUGCCGAAAUAGUGAAGCGACUGGCCAAACGUGGGUUGAAGCUCGGCGGAUGCUUCUUACUGUUGGCUCAGUACCCAAUCAUCGUCGAUACUUUCUACUUUUACCCGGACGUUUUAUCCAGUGACGAUCCCCUGCACGUGGUUGUGACACCAGUGAACUUCAUCCGUUACAAUCUCAACAUGACCAAUUUGGAGUCGCACGGAAGGCACCCCAACUUUCUGCAUGUACUUGUCAAUGUCCCACUUUUGUUUAACGUCCUCGGAAUCCUCGCCCUCUGGGCUUCCUGCAAAGUUUUUUACGACAGAUUGUUGUGCAGUUCGAGACUGGAAAGCCCUAAAAUCCUUACGAUCUCCAAGACGUUCGACGUGGUCGCUGCCUGCACCCUACUAAUGCCGUUAUGUGCCUUGUCUCUAUUCAAGCACCAGGAGCCACGAUUUCUGGUUCCACUGUUGGUCCCAGUGGUUCUCCUGGCUCAACGAUAUGCCUCAAGAAAGCUGAUCGUCUUCUGGAGUUUGGUGAAUGCGCUGUGCUUGGCUUUCUUUGGCUACGUCCACCAGGGUGGCCUGCUUCCAUGCAUGGCGCAGGUCCAUCACCAUCUCGCUCAGCACAAACCAGACAACAUGACUGCUACUGUGGUAUUUGCCCACACAUACAUGCCACCUCGUCAUCUGCUGGCAGUGAAGGAGAACGGAGCCGCAGUGGACGUUUCUGACUGGAUGGGCACCAACUUCAAUGGAGACGACCUGAUGCGGCAUUUUCUCAAAAAACGGGCAUACCUGAACUAUCUCGUCGCACCACCCUCAUUUGUAGACUUUGAGAUGAAAUUGUGGAAGCCCAACCUGCUCAGACUCUACACUUUUCCCAUCCACUUCAGCGGCGAACACCUCCCGCAGUUUAGCUAUUCAGAUUACAUUAACGGAAGAGUGUCUCUCUCCGACUUAUUCAAGGCAUUCUCACUGAAUGUGUACUUGGUGAAACUUCCCACGACCUCAUAACAGGCUGCUUUUGAUCAUGUGGUGCUUGAAAUUUUGUUCUUCAUUCCUCAUUGCAGACAGGUCUGUUUUUGCACCUUGCAGAAUGCUUGUUUCAACAUGUGGUGGUGUCCAAAGCCUGCACGUAUGAAAGCAGCUAUGCAGUUGUGUAGUGGGCUGUGUGUUUUAGUAUAACAUAAUGGUUGCUUUAUUUCUUUUGUUUAAGGUUGAGACAUUGACGUGUACAUACCACAGUCUUCCUAAUUAAUAGAUACUAAUAUUUAGACGGGGAAGCUGUAAGCCAUUAUGAUUUAUGCCACUUUGUUAUUAAGACAGCAAAUAAGAUGCCAUUUUAUAUUGACAGUGGCUGUUUUUGCCAAAAUGAACGCAAUGUAAAUUCUGUGGUUUCUUCAUGUACUGUCAUUUUAUGUAAUUUUAAGCCUGCUCCUGUACCGCAAAGAAAAGUGGCCGGGCAUUGAAAACCGAUGUUGCAUUCUUGGUUUGACUCGAUUGACUACACACUCACUUUCUCCUCGUUGCAUAAACCACACAAGCAUAAUCUAAUACACGUGAUACAUGUUCUUGUUAUGACCCAAUCUCCUUGUGACGUGUCAAUAUUACAGCUCUCGCUGCUCACUUUUUGUCACACUUUACUGAUCUCAUUUUUUUUUACGUGUGUGUGUUUCAGUGUGCACCGGCCCAUUGUUUUCACAUUUCACUGUGCCUAUCAUUUGUGUAUCAUAAAUUUCAUUUCACCGUUUGUUAGCUUGCACCUUCACAACCAAUAUUUAUAGUUAUACUUACUCAAUGUUAACAGAAUUACUGCGCGUGUAUUUUGAAGGCUAUGCGAUGUUGGCCAAUGUCUUCAGAAGCCGAGUCAGUGACCUGCAUUCGUGCAGUCUGGUUUAUAAAUGUUUGCUACUUACGAAUAAAGCGUUUAAAAUCUAUGUUUA